UUUGUUUUUUUCUGAACUAAAAUAUCACAAGAAAUAAGAGCAAUAUUCAAAGCAUUUAUUUUCUACCAUUCCUACCAUGAGUGGUCGUUAAUUGUUCAAGUUUGGAGCAGAGAGGCAGCAUCAUUUGGCAUGCGAGCGAUCCCAGUAAAGCUGUGAUUUACUGGGAUCUAGUAAAACCUUGUUUUACUGGGAUUGCUCACGCUCAAAGACAAACAAAUUAGAGCUGAAAUUUAAACCAAAUAAAGACAAGUUAGAGUUGACAUUUAAAACUCUCUUUGCCUCUUUUAUUUGUAAUUUAAAGUGCUUAGCAUUAGUAACUGUAAACAUUUGCCUUUGUGUGUGUUGCCAGUGCAGAAUUAAGACCCCCGAUAUUAACUCUGAGUUUUAGAGCAGCUAUUAUUACCAUUAGAACAGCCUCUGUGUAUUCUUUAGAGAAUCUAGAUCCUUACCUUAUAAAUUAUAAUUAUACUUCCAGUUUCUUUGGUUUGGAGUUAUUCUUAAAGUGAUGCUUUAUUGAGCAUAGAGCAAUAUAAGAUCCAGCCCUUCAGGAGUUUUAGAAAUUACUAUUUGAAAUAUAAACAGUUAGAUUGUUUCUUACAUUCAUAUUCAAAAUGUUGAUGUUAAUACUAUAAAACCGUGGUGGUUUUUUUGUUGGGUUUUUUUUAAUGUGGCUGAUCUAAAUUACCGGUCUCGUUGUCGUGUGCUUUUUUUGUUGCUAUUCGAAAGCCUUCUUCCAAAGGAAAUAUCGCAUUUAAUAACUAUUCCUGAAGUCUGCGACCUGUCAUUCGAAUAAUCGUAACAUGAGCCUUUAGUGGAGACUUAUUAUGACUAUUACUAUCGCUCAGCAUCCCGUCUCAGUAGGGCAACAGUCACAGUCGUUCCACUCUGGCUUUAAAUCUUGCUUCCGUCCAUCCUCCAUCCUGGAUCUCUGGUCUGGAACCCAUUAGAGCAGGAAUCUCCAGCAGCGCCAUGAUUCCACAUUAGCAUUGCCUACCCUGUCUCACCCUGACAGGAAAGAGACACUGCCUUAGUGCCAAAUAGACCAAAUAUUUCACUUCAGUCACUGGGAAGUCGUUGGAAAAGUGCAGGAUGGCAGAGGUGUCACAAGAGGAGAGACUCCAGGUCAUCGCUGAGAAGAGGAAGAAGCAGACAGAGAUUGAAAACAAGAGGAGGCAGCUCGAUGACGACCGACGGCAACUUCAGCAUCUCAAGUCAAAGUCACUGAGGGAGCGCUGGUUGCUAGAUGGAGCUCCAGCAGAAGAGGAGACGCAGAGGCGUCUGCAGGAGGACGAGAUGAAGACCAAGCUUCUGGAACAGGUCAUCCUCAGGCUGGAGCAAGAAAUUGAAGAGCUGGAGACAGGCGUGCCAGCUAAUAAAGGUGUGGCCAAAGAAAAUGGUGAGAACGGAGUAGUGCAGACCUCCAGCCAGACCCCGAAGAGAGAGGUGACGGGGGUCGAAGCCAAGCUGCUGGGCCCCAGCCCUGACCAAGCCAGCGAGGACAACCCAGUGACCCUGGUGUUCAUGGGCUACAAGACCGUCGAGGACGAGAAGGAGACGCACACGGCCCUGGGCAUGGAGGGCGUGGACGGCAACGUGAAGGCCGAGUUCGUGGUGAUCGACGACGGCGAGGGGAAGGCGGCGGACGCGGCCACGGAGGAGCAGGCCCCGCCCAACGGCAGCAUGGCGGAGAAAGAGAAGGCCAACGGAGGAGGAGAGGAAGGAGAGAAGGAGAAGAAACAGACCUGCAAAUGCUGCACGGUCAUGUGAGAUAUGUGUGUUUAACUGCGUGUGUGCGUGCGUGCGUGCGUGUGUGUGUGCGUAUGUUUGCGUGAGACUGACUGUGUAUGGGUGAGUACACACACCUGCACCUGUGCGAGGAACCGUGUGCCAUUGCAUGAGUCCAUAUUUGCAAACGUAUGUAGCUUUUUGUGUUUGUGUGUGGAAGUGUGUGUCAGGACUGAUUUACAGCUACACAGUCAACAUCCCAACAACGAAAGCCGACUCGAGCUCCAGCUCCAAGAACCACAAAGACUCAUAAGUACACUUACUCUGUAUACUUUCUCUGUAUUUGACUUUUGAUUUCUAUUGAUAUUUUUCUAUUUUUCUGUCUUGACCUUUAUAUCGUAGCCUACUAAGUGUGUUUCUCCUUAUUAUGAGGCUGUGUACUGUACGUUCAUUGUUCUUAUUGUUUUAAAAGAGAGAAAAAAACAAUGUAUUAGCUCUCUGGAUUGUACUGCAGCCCAACUGGGAAAAUUUCCGGGAAAAAAAAAAAAUCCAAAACAACAAAACUAUGAAGGACACAGAUACUUAAAUAUAUAUAUACAGAUAUAUAUAUUUCUCUGUGUAGGCCUACCAACUAUUUAUCAGUCAAUUUCAUAUUGCAAUAUUGUCUAAGACAUUAUUUUGAAUAGUAUUUUAAUAUAUUGAUAUGAAAUUAUGUUUUAUACAAUGUAUUUAUUGCUUUGGUUCUCUGUGUCACCCUUCCACCACCACCUGCAUGUUGAGGCUUGUGAGCGCCACCGGAUGAACACUCAUUAACAAGUGUCUGUGCUUUUCUUAGAGUCGUGCGUGCUCAUAUCUUUAGUCUCACAAGUAGUCCUGUCAGUAAUGGUGAAUUAUUAUAAAUGCAGUGUUCGAGUAACGCAUUAUUAUGUCUAAAGGCAAAUAUACGGCAAAGAGGCACAUAGAGUCACACCGAUUGUGUUGCGGGGUCACUUUUAGUUUAACACUAGGUCGUGGAGCACGGCAGACGCACCAUGGAGGUCACCGCUUUUGUGUUUUCUGUUGUGAGAGAAGUGGAUAUAAGUUUGUAGGUGAUUCGCACCACUACGCUGUUGCUGGAAAGGCUUAAAGUGUGGGCCACAUUAAUUGGCAGAUUAGGAUGAAAAACAUUUUUUAUUUUUUUUUUUUUAACACCGCCAGAACAGGCCACGAUGUUUCUUUGAUCUUUUAGGUAAAGUCACGUUGUUUGACUUUCGUUUUAAUAUCGUAAUAAAUUGGACCACAAACUCUCAGCGAGCUUUACACAUAGCCCACUCUUUUAAACUCGGCUUAAUUGAGCCAGCUGAUAACAGGCUAAAACAAGUUUCUAGACCAAGAAAAUUGAAAACAGUUGAUCCAAAUAUGUAGGAAAUCACCUUUGAUAAGGCAAAGGUGAAAGGCACUUUUGGUGUGUUAGAUGUGCUCUGGUUUUCACGUUCCUUUUCUACGAGAAAAUCUGACUUAGAGUCGUCAAUAAAAUAUCUAAUGCAUAGUUUAUUAUAAACUCACAGUUACAAAUCAUGGCUAAAACUUUGAGCACCACUGCUCUAGAUCUUCCAGAAUCCUCUUCUCAUCAUUCAGCCCACAGGAUUUGGCUCUGGAGACUGAUAUUGUCUCAGAAACCAUUUCUGUGUUGAUAUUUAUCACGUUUAAAGAUCCAUUUAUGACUCGUUUUGAUCUAACUGGUGGGAGCCCAGCAGAUUUUUACUUAGAAACCUCCUGGGAUUUCUGAGUUCAUAAUUUUGUGCGCUCUUACGAGGUUCCCGAGGCAUAUCUGAGGACAAACAUGCCCACAGCAUCACAGAUCCUCCCCCGUACUUGACAGUGGGCAUGACAUUUUUAUUUUCACACAUUCAUGCUUAGUAUAAAACGGAGUCCAACCCUUGGCUGCUUUUAGCCACUCACCAAGGACUACUGGCUCUGUGUCACAUCAUAUUUAUCCCCCAGAAACAGAAGAUUACUAAUCAGAUGUACCUAGAAACUCUGAAAAAAGGAUAAAGUCUUUUUAUUAUUAUUAUUCUUUAGUAAUAUUUGCUUUAAAUUGAUUAUCAUUACCAAUUAAUGUUUCUAAAAUCCAACAAUUUCUUAACAGGGAAUAUACUUGCAAAUCAAUAAAUGGGUUCAAAUUAAAGAUUGGAGUUGUAUUUAAAAAACAUGUAUGUGUGAGAUUAAGCUGCUGCAAUAAAAGAUGGGUUUAUUUUAGAGUUCUUAAAACAUUUUUACUAGGUGUACCAAUAAAUGUGUCCUACACUGUAAGUAAUUCUGUUCUCUCAACAGUAGGAUCAAUGUAAAUCUAAAUAAGGUAGCACUGCAUGAAGCCUUGCAGCUUUGUUUAUCUCACCAGUUGUUGGGUCUUUAUUAUUAUAUGCCGUCAUUGUUCACAUGAAUGUAAACCCAGGGGUUAAAUUGGGAUUUUGUUCACCUUAUAAUGAAGAAAAGGCAAAGCUGUUCAGCUCUCAUUACUAAAUAUUAAUUUAAAAAAAAAAAAAAAGCUUUUUGUCGUUUUAUGAACCAAAUAAAACUUAAAUAUACUGUAAUUUCCCUGUGUGGUUUUCAAUUUUUGUUUUGUGUUUUUUUUUUUUUUUUGGCUCACUCCCAGUUUAACCCCUGACUACUUUUCAAAAGAAAAAACUCUGCAAAUAGUCACACUUGUUUCCAAAAAAAAAAAAAAUGGAAAAGGCUUUCAUUCUUCAAAUGUCAAGAAUCUUUGAUCUGAUCUGCCUUAAAACUCAAUUUAGUGAAUGAGAUUGUGUCUUUCACGUGUAUAGACGGUCGAUGCUCUCAAGCAAAAUGUCAGCCUGGCAAUUUUUUUUAGGAGUGCAAGCUGAAAGCCCGAAAGGCCUGCUCCCAGUUCUGACCCUGGUUUGUCUGGCUGACAACAUGACAUUACGGAUGGUCUGAGUCAGUGAUGCAACACAAACGGUCUUCUGCUCACCCACAUCUUUCAUACACUGUUCUCCUUCAUCGUCAAUGUCAAACUUGUAGCUGCAACCCCUCUAUGCUUGGAUAUCUGCUACUUGGAGGGGGGGGAGGGAAUUAACAAAAAAAAAAACGAAUAAAUAAAUAAAUCCCUCAUGCUGGUGCUAUGCUGCAAAGCUCCUCAAUCGCCAACUUUUGUUGUUCAAACCUGUUUCCUCUUUCUUACUCAAACUGCUGGUAGGGCAGGAUUCGGCUGCCCUCCUGAGAAUCUUCUGCUACCUUCAGUGCCAGAUGCAAGUCCUGCCUGCGUUUUUCCACCUGUGAAACGAUCCCUUCGUACAUUCCAAAGGGAGGUCAGCAGGUCUGGACGAAUACAUUACAGUCUAUGCGUUCCAUAUGUACACUUCCACUCAGACUGUACAAACAGCAUUUCAUAUAUACUCAUGUACAUGUUUUUAUUUUUAUUUUUUCUGUCUUUUUGGCCUUUUUGCAAGGCCUGCUUAUUGAAUUUGAUGUUUGUAUUUAAGAAGAAGAAGAAGAAAAAAAAAUAGACAUCUGUAUUGUUGGUGCCUUGUCAGGUUUGUUUGGCUGAACUUUUCCUAGACAGAGGUUUUUUUUCUCGCUCUGCUUCAUGUGACCAACGACCCACUUGGAAACACUGCCUUUCUACUCUGCAGGAGCGCUCCGUGAGAAUACGGUGCCUUGCACUUACUUGUAUUGAGAUUUUCCGCAUUUUUGUCACGUUACGACCACAAACUUCAAUAUAUUUUAUCUGAUAGGCCGACACAGAUUGGCACAUAAGUGAAGCGGGUGGCGAAGGAUGCCUGGUUUUCAGAUUUUUCCCUACUUUUAAAAGUAAAAAGUGUGGUGUGCGUUCCAAUGUUUUUUCCGGAACCUUUUGCAACCAUUUAAUGGUAUAUCUGCCUCGCAUAUUUUCACUUUUUCAAACUAGCUCAAGCAUAGUCAGAUUCGAUGGAGAGAAUCUUGGCAGAAUCGGUUUUCAAGCCUUACCACAGUUUCAAGAUUGGAUUGGGGUCUGGACUUUGGCCGGACCAACUUAAUUAAGUGCAUUAAAGUUCUAGAUUUGUGUUUAUGGCUAACUUUUUUUGUGCCUGGUGAAGAUAGUAUUUCCAUGACAUGAAGCUGCCACGUUUCGUGGUCAGGUGUAGUGUUUGGUCCACGUGAUUAACGCACUUUCUUCCACGUUAUUUCUGUGCGCCCUGCGUGACUUUAAAUAGGACUUCUUUUGACUUUCUUCUUGCCAAUCUGCCAUAAAGACCAGGUCUACUAGAGCUACUGUGGAUCCCUUGACUGAGUCUGUGAUUAACUGUCUCCUUGCCAUCAUAGUGUAGGCAGAUGGACAUUUCUUGGUAGCUUUCCAGUUGUGUCAAACUCGUUCAGAUGAUUGACUGGACAGAGUUCUGUCAGAUGUUUGAAUCUUGGGAUAUUGUUUUAUAACCUAACUCUGCUUUAAACUUUUCCAAGAAUUUACCUUUGACCUGUCUGCUCCGUUCUUUGAUUUGCCUGAUGUUGUUUGAUCAAUAAUGUUCUCUGACAAACCCUCUGAGGCCUUCACAGAACGACUGUAUUUCGACUGAAAUUAAAUGUCACGCCGACGGACAGCUGGUUGCACUAGAUUAUAUUUAGAGGUAUCGGAGAAAAAGGGGGCUGAAUGAAACAUUUUGAAAACUCAAAUCUUUCUUCCACUUCCAAGCUAAAUGGAACUUUGGUGUUGAUGUGGCACAAAUAAGUCUAAAUAAAAUGCAGUGAACUUUGUGGUUAUAAAAUGACAAAAUACUAAAUAAGGAGUACGAAUACUUUGCAAAAUAGCUAUGAGAACCUAACACUUUUUGACAAUUUUAGAUACCUGCACCUUUGUUGGAAGGUAAUAUGCAGACUAAUCUAAUGUUGGUGUCUUCAAAAAACUUUAUAUCCUUCAUUUACUCUUUUUUUUUUUUAUUACUUAACCUAUUUUGUUUUUGGGGUUUUUUCUGUUGUUGUUGCAUCAUCCAAAGUGAAACAUUUUUGAGUGGAUGCAAACUUUAUAGAAAAGACUAACUGGCAACCUAUGUGUGUAUAAAUUGUAUACACAUGUACAUUAUGUGUCUAUAUGCAUACAUAGAAAAUAAAUGUAAAUUUGGUGGGCUGAAGGUUUGCUUAGUUGUGGGGUCUCUGGCGUAGCACAGCCACAGCAAAAAUAUAUAUAUUGAAAAAUAAAUUUGUGCUGAACAAAUGCCUGUUCAUCUAUUAUGUGGUCAUCUAGAUGUCCUGUCUUGAAUAAAAACUACUGUUUGACAACAUCAA